AUGAAACUUUUAUAUUGUGGAUUUAAUGGCUUCAAACAAAUUCCUCAUGAAAAUAUUAUUAUUUCAAAAUUAAGUACCUUUGCAUAUAAAAAUAACAGUGAAUAUGAAUUAGAAACUGUAUCGAAAAUACAUUAUAAUAAAUAUGUCACAAAUAAUGUACCUUGCAAGUCUGAAGUGGUGCAAUAUUUAUGUGCGGGCCAUUUUCUUACUGCUAUAGUAUCUCUAGAUAAUAAUUUAUACAAAACUCCAAAAGAGGCACGGGCAAGUGUAGAUGGAACUGUUAUUGAUAUAUCUAGUGGUUUCGAACAUACUUUAUUAUUAACGGCAGAAGGAAAAGUAUAUUCAUGGGGCGUAGGAAGCCGUGGCCAGUUGGGACAUGGAGAAAUAUCUAAUGAAAGAUUUCCACGCUUAGUAGAAGCAUUAGAUGGAAUACAGAUUUCGAAAAUCUCAGCAGGUGGAUGGCAUAGCUGUGCAGUGGGCAUAUUAGGAGAAUUAUACACUUGGGGGUGGAAUGAAAAAGGACAAUUAGGAUUACCUAUUCCUAAGAGUUCUUUGAAAUCUUUACAAAAGUCAAUAGCUACAGAAACUGAUUCAUUCAAUGUAUUUCAAAUAAGUAGUGGAAACCGACAUACAGUAAUAUUAGGAAACGACAUGAAAUUGUAUGGUACAGGUUGGAAUAAAUACCAGGAAUUGAGGAUAUGA